CAAGUAAAUUAUCUACAUUAAAGAAGAAGAUCACAUAAAGAAGUAGAUAAUAGCCUAGCUUUUAAGCAUUAAUCACAAUAGCAUUUAAGCAAUAGGCAAGAGUGUAUUCUAUUAGUUUAAAUGAAUUGCUCUAGCAUUAUUUUCCUUUCAUUAAUCUUCAUUUUCAUAAGCAAUUCCUCUGAACAAAGAAUUAUUAAAUCAUAAUGGACAAAUGGAUAUUCCACAUACUCAACUUAAUUUGAUUUAAAGUCAGGUUCUGCUUCUAUAUAAUUUUAUGUUUGGAUUUUACCAUAAGUAGGAAACACGCUUACAAAUAAAAUGGAAAUAGCACGAAUUUCUAGCACUCCAUAUUUAAAUACUGCGAAUGAAUUAGCUUCUAAGAUUCUUUUAAUUUCAGUCAACACAAGCACUCAGCAAAUGCUGAUUGAAUCUUUUGCUCAAGUAUUUACUCUAGAAUUAAAGGGAUUAUACCAAAGCCCUAAAUAUUAUUAUUAAGAUUGGUUAAAAAUCUCGAUUACCUUAUCUAAAACAUCAAUAGCUGUAAUAAGCGGUCAAAAAACUACAACUAUAAAUAUAUCAGAUAUAAGUAGCAUUUAAUAGUUUUAUUUUUAAAUGGGAUUAGAAUUCGAACUAAGUGUUUUACCUUUAAAUGGAUAUUAUUUCUUUGAUGACAGUGUUAUUACUCUUCCAAAUGUAAUAGCAUCGCCUCCAUCUACAACAGAUUUUACAAAUUAAGGAUUUUCUAAUCAAAUUUCAUACAUGUAAAGUUUAGGAAACUAAAAAAUUAAGACAUUUGAAAGCAGCUAAAAAUAAUUACGACCAAGCGGUCCAAUGAAUGAUUAAAUUAUAUUUUAGUACUCAAUAAAACUUGGAUUAUAAAUUACUGGCAAUUUUCUUACUCAAAAGUAAAUUUUUAGAAUGACUAUGGAUCCAUCUCUUAAUGAUGAGAGAAACCUAGGAUACUGUGUCAUUUGUAUAUAUAUUUAAUAAAACACUGUAUUAUUUACUACAUACUAAUUUGAAAAUGGUAUCUUUAGCUAAAAAAAACUAUAAGUAUAAAUAUAAAAUAUUGAUCCAUCCAAAAUAUACUAAUAUGUAGUCCAAUAUGACGGAACUAAUUUCUCAAUUUUUGAUGAUUAAAAGGGAUUAGUAUAGUAAAUCUAAAUAUUUUAAACACCAUUAAUGGGGUUCACUGUUAUAAGUGGUGGAAAUUUUUUAUCUAACGGGCUUUAUUCUGGAAUAUUAAAUCAGGUAAUGGUAAAUUAUGGAUAGCAGUAAUUAGUAUAACAAGAUAUAUCAUAAUUUUUGACUUGCUCUAAUAAAUAUUGUGCUGUAUGUUCCCUAGAUUCAAAAACAUGUAUUUCAUGUAUUAUUUCUGAUGCUGAUCCUAAUAAAAAUACAAAUUCUUGCGAUUGUAAUGCAAGUUAUUUUCUAGAUAUCAAUAGUAAAUGUUCUAAAUGCUUUAGCACAUGUGCAAGCUGUAAUGGUCCUUCACCAAACUAAUGUACUUAAUGUAUUAAUACAAGAGAACUUCUACCUGGAUAAUAAUCAGGGACAUGCGUUUGUUCUUCUAAAUAUUUUGACGACAACUUCAAUUCAAUAUGCUAACCAUGCUACAAAGAUUGCUUGACUUGCAACGGAUAUGGAAGCUCGAAUUGUUAAACUUGCGGAAAAGGAAGAGCUGUUAAUUAAAAUGGUGAGUGUAUAUGCCAAAGUAACUAUUUUAAAUAAGGUGAUGAUUGCAUCCAAUGCAAUAAAUUAUGUCAAACUUGUAAUGCAGCUACAACUUGCUAGACUUGUGGUGAAAAUUAAACUUUAGAUCCAUAAACACAGCUAUGCAAAUGCAAAAUAGGGUUUUAUCCGGUUUAAGAAGGAGAUUUUACUAAAUGCUAUGCAUGCACAGAAUUCUGUGAUUAUUGCUAAGGACCCGAAUAAACUAAAUGCACUUAAUGCAAUAAUAAGUUUAAUCUUUUUUACGAUAAAGGUUCAACAAGUGUAGGCUCCUGUGUAUAUAAAAAAUACAUACCAACUUAAAAGUUCAAUUCUAGUUUCAAUUUUUAGAGUGAAUAAGCAAUUUAAUACUGUGUUCUGGUUAUGAUUAUUGUUGACUUUUUAGCCAAUAUUUAUUCAAAUAGAUAUACCUUUUCUAGAGUAUUUCGCAUGCAGCAAUUUUUAUUGAAAAUAUUUUAUUUAAAAUUGAUAGAUACUGAUUUUGUGCAAUCUAAUUAUAUUUUAUUAAAUGCGCUUAGCUUUUUUAAUGGAAUCACUAAUGUUUUUUAUUAUAUAAAUCCUUUUGGAUCUAUUCCAACACUUCCUAAAGCUUAAGAUAGAGUUAAGAUAAAAUUAGAAUAAGUUUCUUCUGAAAUUUUAAACUCUUGUGGUGGAGUGCUAUUUGUAGCAAUUAUUCUGUUUAUUAUUACUCUCAUCAUGACAUUAAUAGUAAAGUGUAGAACUAAAGUUGAAAAUAGGCUUGAAAGUGUAUCAGUUUUUAGCAAUCCUAAUGAUAAUUCAAUGCGUAUCGAGCAGCCGAUUGUAAGUUCGAGAAAUUAAAAUGAAAAUGAUAACCAUGAUACAAUAAAACAUACAGACUUUAUAUCUAAACUAAACUACUAUAUACAAAAUAUUUAUUGGCAUUUCAAUGAUUAUGCAAUAAAUAUCUUUUGUUUUGGAUGUAUUUUACAUUUAGCAGGACCUCCUUAAGAGCAAUAGUAAGCUCGUGCUGACAAUUUUAUUUGCUAUUUUAUUUUAAUUUAUAUAUUUUUUGUAUAUUUGCUACUUAGGAGCUGGCUUAUCCUUAAACCAAAAUAAAAAGAUGAUCUAUUGAAAGAUAAGGAAUAAGCAAUUAAAGUUGAUAAAAUACUUUAAAAAAGAGAUAGAAGAGUUAAUAGAUAUUCAUCCCCAUUGAUUGAAUAAGAACACUAAAAUAAUGAAAAUUCUGACUUUAAUGAUGUUCUAGCAGGUUAGCAUUAAAAUUAAGAAAGUGCCAGUUCCAGUGAAUAACACUAGAGUAACGGACAAGCACAUAGAAGUAAUAGUGUUAGUUCUCAAACUGACAGUGAAAGUAGUUAAAAAGAGCCUGUUAUAUUGCCAAACUAUAAAAAAUGGCAUGAAAAACUUAUACUCCACGAUUCAGUAUGCUUAAAUGGAAUUUUUGAGUGCCUCCACAUGGAAUAUAUACCUAUGUAGAAAGGAUGCAAGUUUUACUUUUGGAUUUAUGUCUUAAAUUACUUUAGUGUUUCUGCUUCAAUUAUUGGACCUAUAGAUAAUUCUACGAGCCAGUAUGUUAGUUUGGCCAUAGUUUAAUUUGUUUUCAUAAUUUUCAGUCUUUUUAGACCUUAUCAAGAUACUUUGGAAUCUUUGAAAAAUAUAAUAGAUAAUGUUAUUUAUUUUAUAGUAGUUGUAUUACAGUGUGUAUAAAGCUGGCUUGUUUCAAAUAACUCUGCUGAUUUUAUACUUUAUCCAAGCAAAGAAACUCUCAUAAACUCAUACUCCUGGGCUUCCUUUUCACUUCUCUUAAUAGUUUUGAUAUCUUUUAUGGGUUUAUCUAUAGCUUAAAUAUUUACAAAAAAAAAAUAUUUAGUUCUUUUAGAAGAACAAAUUUAAAAUGAGAAUAGGAUUAAAUAAUAAUAAUUAGAACAAGAACAAAACGAAAUUAACUUAAGUGUGACUGAUUAAGACUAAAUUUAAAAGGAAAAUGAUAAUGAAUAAUUUCUUAUAGACUCAUAAUUAGCCAACUAAUUUAGAGAAAUACGUUAGCAGCAAGGAAUCUUUUAAAAUCACUAAAUUGAAAUGUAAAAUUUCAAUAAUGGAAGUUCUUUACUAGUUACUGAUACAAUCAGUAGAAGAAGGGCUACAUAAGUAAAUGAAAACACUUUAAAUACUAAUAUAGACCAACAAAAUGUAGGGAUGUUCGAUUAUAGUAGUAGAUAUAUUCAAAGUGCAAAUAGGCAUAGAAAUAGAUAAUAAACAGGAUAAAACUUUAAUACGCUAAGAGUUGAUGCAGAUUAUUUCACCGGAGGCUUUGCGACUGAUUAAAAUUAUGGAUAACUUUAGCUUGUAAGCUAAGAAUUCAAUACUUAACUUGAAAAUGAUAUAAGGUUUAAUAAUCCUUUGCUUCAUUAAUAAGAAAGGCACUCUUAAUAAUAUUUUACAAACAUUUAAAAUGUGCAAAGCCUUUAAUUAUUACCAAAUCUAGAGACAAAUAGUGGUAAUCCUGAAGAUAGCGAUAACAGUAAUAAAUAACCAUUUAGUUCUGAUUCUGACAGCAUUGGAAGAAGCCAGUUAAAUGAAGAUUUGAUUCUACUACAUAAAUCAGAUAAAAAUUCUGAUUCUCAAAUAAAUUAAUAACAAUUAUUUCAUUAAGUGAAUAGUCCUAGUGAGUAAUUUAAUAUAAAUUAAUAGGAGUAUUAAGAAAAGAAAUGA